AUGGUUAAAUCCUCUAAACCUGCAACAUUUAGAUCUGCUGUAGAUCUAGCCUUAUCUCUCACUGAGGAUGAGAAACGGGUGAGAACGGCCAAGACCGAGGGCGAUCACAAGUGGAAGCAUGAUGCCACUCCUACUAGGUAUUCUAAGAAGGGUAAGACUGAUUCGAGCUAUUACCAGUCCAAGCCAACUGAGGCAAAGCCCGAGUAUAAAACCUGCGAGAAAAGACAUUUUGGAAAAUGUCAACAUAAUCAACCCAAAGGUUGUGGUAUCUGUAAGCAGAUGGACCAUAAAUCCCAUGAGUGUAAAGAUCUAAGAAACGCCACCUAUUAUGGGUGUGGCGAGAAAGGGCAUAUCAAGACCCACUGCCCGAAGUGGGUAACUGACGCCAAGAACAAGGCCACUGAAGCUAAGAAAGGCAAUGCUAGAGCCUUUCAGCUGACUACAAAGGAAGCAGUUAACGAUGCAAAUGUCAUUACGGGUACGUUUCUCGUAAAUGAUAUAUUUGCUAGAGUCUUAUUUGAUUCUAGAGCUGAUAAGAGCUUCGUUGACCAUAAAUUUAGCAAACUUCUAAACCUGCCCAUAAGAACCUUAAAUGUUACUUAUGAGGUCGAAAUGGCCGAUGGUAGUAUCGAAGUAGCUUCCACGAUUCUUGAUGGAUGUGCUAUAUCCAUCAAGAACCAACCUGUCCCUGUUAACCGCUUACCUAUGAAUCUUGCAGGAUUCGAUAUAAUUUUAGGCAUGGAUUGGUUAGCUCAUAACCAAGCCCGCAUUGCUUGCGAUAAGAAACUUAACGAAAUUAAAUCUCCAUCCGGUGAUAUACUCACUAUUCUUGGAGAUCAACACUAUGGAUUGCACAAGGGAGUGUCUCUGCUUAAAGCAUCCAAGUGUUUGAAAAAAGGAUGUGCCAUUUACAUGGCACAUGUGACUAUUGGCGAACCGAAGCCGGAGAUUGAAGACAUUCCAAUCAUCUCGGAGUACCCAGAUGUUUUCCUUGAAGAUUUACCCGGUCUGCCCCCGAAUAGGCAAGUCGAAUUUAGAAUCGACAUCCUGACUAGAUCGGCUCCCAUGUCCAGAGCACCGUAUGUCCGUACCGUCUGGCACCCACUGAGAUGA